GGGCCGCGGCAGCAGGGAAGGAGAGGGACCUCAGGUGUCUGCGACCUCGGUGCCUUCGGCCCGGAAGUGCCCGAGGAGCCGAGAUGGAGCUGGUGGAGCUGGGCGGUGAGUCGCUCUCCUUAGCACCUCUGGCAGCAGCACGGGUGCCAUGGCCUUGAUUGAAGGCGUAGGCGAUGAGGUGACUGUCCUUUUUGCGGUGCUUGCUUGCCUUCUGGUGCUGGCCCUCGCCUGGGUCUCAACACAUACCACUGAGAGUACAGACCCCCAACCACAGCCGCCGGGGACCACAACACCAGCACAGCCCAGUGAAGCCAUGUCAGCCUCUGACAGCAUCAGAGAGGAGGCCCCAGGGGCUGAGAGUCCCAGCCUGAGACACAGAGGUCCAUCUGCACAGCCAGAGCCUGACACAGGGGUCACAGCAUCAACACCUCCAGACUCUCCGCAGGAACCCCUACUUCUACGGUUGAAAUUUCUCAAUGACUCUGAGCAGGUAGCCAGGGCCUGGCCUCAGGACACCAUUGGCUCCUUAAAAAGGACCCAGUUUCCAGGCCAGGAACAGCAGGUUCGGCUCAUCUACCAAGGUCAACUGCUAGGAGACGACACUCAGACACUAGGCAGUCUCCACCUGCCCCCCAACUGCGUUCUCCACUGCCACGUGUCCACGAGAGUCGGUCCCCCACAUCCUCCCUGCCCACCGGGGUCAGAGCCCGGCCCCUCCGGGCUGGAAAUCGGCAGCCUUCUGUUGCCCCUGCUGCUUCUGCUGCUGCUCCUGCUCUGGUACUGCCAGAUCCAGUACCGGCCCUUCUUUCCCCUGACCGCUACCCUGGGUCUGGCCGGCUUCACCCUGCUCCUCAGUCUCCUGGCCUUUGCCAUGUAUCGGCCGUAGUGCCUCCACGGGCUUUUGGCAGUGUAGCCAGCCCCUCUGGACCUCAUUCCCCAAGGCGCAAAGGGAGCUGCUGUCUGCCCAGGCCCACUUCACCCGCUGCCUGUCUUUUCCCACUACCCUGGAGCCCAGCUUUGCGCCGCAGAGGACUUCGGGUGUUAGCGGAGGCCGCUCCGUGUGAUCUUCAUAGCUCUAGGCCAUCUCCUGGGGCUGCUGGACCUCAGCCUUCGCUGGCAGUGGGCUCUUCUGGAUCAGGCACUUGCUGUCGCUGCCUUGGCCGCCAGGGCACCCCAAUGGGCCCAUCUUAGUGUGCUGACAGAGGAUCUAGAUACUUCUAGUUUCAAAGAGCUGCCUAGGCUGAAUUGGAAACUGGUGGACUGGGAGACUGGUGAAGGGGAAUCGAGAGGGGCAGAGUUGUUUUCUGGAAUUUGUGCAGAUUAAAGAAACUGUGACGUUUUCCUA